AUGGUGGCCCAGCUGCUGGGAGCCAGAAUGAACUGCAGCAAGGGGGCCCCUGAGGCAGCAGAAUUGGGGGGCAGCGGGACCGGCCGGGAGCGGCCGCCACCCCCUGCGCCCCCGGCCCCAGAAGAGGAGGCCCCUGAGCGCAGCUCCCCGGUCAGCCUGCGGGAGAUCGUGCGCUACUUGGGCGGGGAUGGGAGCGCGGCCGGGGGCGGCCGGGUGACCCGGGGCCGAGUCCAGGGGCUGUUGGAGGAGGAAGUGGCUCGUGGGAGGCUGGAAAGGACCCGCUUCGGCAGCAUCGCUCUGGCCCGGGCGGAAAGGGGGCCCCAGGGCCGCGCCCCCCACGCCAGGGCGCACCGGAGCAAGAAGGCCGGGGAGGAGCCAUCGGAGGAGAAGGGGGAGGAGGAAGAGGAGGAUGACGAGGCUUCCACCAUGUCGGAGGGCUCCGAGACUCCGGACUACGAGGGGGCGGGCGCCGGGGCUGGGUUGGAGAAUGAUGGCAAAGCAGCCCCCGCUGAGCAGAGCCAGAUGAACGGGGACUGUAAGGACAGCAGGCGUGGUGGGAAGGACUGUCCCACGGGGGGUGGCCACGCCAGGGACUUGCACCCGCCGGAGGAGCACUCCCCGGACAAGGGCUCCGAGCGCCCCCACCGUGAAGGCAGCGAGAGGCGUCAUGCCAAGGCCUGCUCCCCUGGGGAGAGCGCCUGCCAGCAGUUCGGGAUGGGCAAGAAGGAAGGGGGCUCCUACGGGCAGCCAGACAGAGCAGUCUCUCCAGCUGUUGCAGGCGCGGACCCCCCUGUGCCCUUGUCCCCCGGGCGGCCCGGUGUCCAGGCAGCGGACGGGACACCGUUCAGCUGCGUCUCGGUGAAGAAGGAGAAGCCCUCAGACCCCGUGGAGUGGACAGUGAUGGACGUGGUGGAUUAUUUCACGGAGGCUGGAUUUGCAGAGCAGGCAUCUGCCUUUCAGGAGCAGGAGAUCGACGGGAAGUCCCUGCUGCUCAUGCAGCGCACAGACGUCCUGACCGGGCUGUCCAUCCGCCUGGGCCCCGCGCUGAAGAUCUACGAGUACCACAUCAAGGUGCUGCAGCAAAGCCACUUCGAGGAGGACGAGGUGGAUUCCUUCCUGGGCUGAGCAGGGAGAGGGGGGUUGCAGCUGGGGCCGAACGGGACUGUGCCAGCCCUUCCCCGGGUGCCUCCCAGCAUCCCUCUGUCUCCAUGGAAACGGAUGAUGGGGGGGUGUCAAUCAGCCUGGGGCUUUUGGUGCACGGGGGAGAAGAGCCAGGAAAUGACCCUGGCGUCCUAGCUGCGUCCUCCCACCUCUCGUGAUUAACCCCCAAGUGGCUGGGGAGGAGUAGAAAAAACUGUGGUGGGGAGGGAGUGAAGGCGUAGGAUUCAGAGGAGGGGUUUACAGGGGUGUUUUUUUUGGGGGGGGGGGGCGGUCAGCACCCAACACUGCCCCCCUGGCUCCUCCACUGUGUGUGUAUUCGCUUGGUUAGUCUCAUGUCAUAGCAUCGUUGGCCAUUUCAAGCUGGGGACAGGUGGGAGAGGUGGAUUUUUCACUCAUUUUGUGCCCAGGAGAUGUCUGAGGACUUUGGUGAAGGCCUCUUUUAGCUCUGUUCCCCGCCCCCCCCCGCCCAACUCAGGACAUGGCACUCUGGUUUGAUCUCCCCUCCCCCGCCCCCAAACAUCUGCUCUCCCUGCUGUCCGGAUGGGGUGGGGCAAGGAUUUUUUGGGAAUAGGUGGGGCACUGGGGGGUGCCCUGCAUCAGGGGAAGGUUUUAACACGGGAUCCUUUUUAUUCUCUGGUUGGGGCGGGGGGGGUAAAUUUUUUUUUUUUACACAUAUGGUUGCUACCCAGAGUCAGUCGCUUUUUAAUAUCACACCCUCCCCUCCCCCCACUUCCUUUUUUUUAAAUAAAAAA